AUGGAUUCCUCUUCCUCAUCUUCUUCAUUUUGUGUUCCACCGGAGUUAGACGAUUCGUCUACGGGGAGUACUUUUCAGUUUUUUAAUCAAGUGUACGCCAAGCUUGAAGAUACCGGCACCUCUACCGACACUCGUAGGUAUAUUGAUCGAGACCUAGAAGAAGCUCACGCGAUACUAAUGCGUGACUACUUCGUUGAAGACUCAAAGUUUGACGAACCAUUUUUUCGUCAUCGUUUUCACAUGAGCAAAAGGUUGUUUUUGAAGAUUGUUAGUGAUAUUGAAGCUAACUUUAGCUACUUUCAAGUGGGGUACGACGCAUGGGGUAAAAAAAGUUGCAGCGCUCUUCAAAAGUGCACAGCGGCGAUCAAGCAACUAUCUACGGGUGAACCUUCAGACGCGUAUGAUGAGUAUUUAUGUAUGGCUGCUAGAACGGGACGCGAGACCAUGGAGUACUUUUGUGAUGCGGUCGUCAAUUUGUAUCAAAAAGAGUUCUUACGUAGGCCGACAUCUCAUGACAUUGCUCUGAUCACACAAGCUCAUGAAGAAAGACACCACAUUCUAGGAAUGCUUGGUAGUCUUGAUUGUACACACAUCGAAUAG